GUUCGGCGCAAGCGCUCUCCUGCCUGGGCCAUCACCUCCCCGUCUCGCCGCCGCCGCCACUCGCCUCACGGGCACCGCCACCUUCUGCUUACUAGCAGGUUGCAACCCGUCCGGUUCGGUGUUCCGAGGGCGCUUAUACUAGGGGUACAGAGAGUCCCCGAGCGGAGCGAUGUCGGCGACGCCGCUGCCCCCGCCGGGGCAGCCGCCUCCGCCCCCGGGGACCGACGGCGCGGGCGGGCUUCCGCCCCCGCCGGGCACGGACAUGACGGGGAUCUGCUUCCGCGACCAGCUGUGGCUCAACAGCUACCCGCUCGACCGCAACCUCGUCUUCGACUACUUCGCGCUCUCCCCCUUCUACGACAUCACCUGCAACAACGAGGCCCUCCGCUCGCGACAAAUCCACCCCCUCGACAUGUCCCAACUCACGAAGAUGACCGGCAUGGAGUACGUGCUGAGUGAGGUGAUGGAGCCGCACCUGUUCGUGAUCCGGAAGCAGAAGCGGGAGAGCCCCGAGAAAUCAAGCCCCAUGCUCGCGUACUACAUCCUUGACGGCUCCAUCUACCAGGCGCCACAGCUCUGCAACGUCUUCGCCUCACGCAUAAGUAGGGCUAUGCAUCAUAUAUCAAAAGCCUUUACUGUGGCAUGUUCAAAGUUGGAGAAGAUCGGGAAUGUGGAAACCGAGUCUGAUGCAGCAGCCUCUGAAUCAAAGACACAAAAGGAAGCAAUUGACCUGAAGGAACUUAAAAGAAUUGAUCAUAUCCUCUCAUCCUUGAAAAGGAAGAUAGGCGCUGCCCCUCCACCUCCACCUUAUCCUGAGGGCUAUGUCCCGCCAUCAGCAGAACAAGAGAAAGCACCAGAUGAUGUGCUGGCAUCAGAGGCACCACCUCAACUUGACCCUAUCAUUGAUCAAGGCCCAGCAAAAAGACCAAGAUUCCAAUGAGAAAUCUGUAGCUUAAAUACAGCUGACUCGAGAACUGCUUGUAUGCUUUAAAGUCGCAGAUGCUGACUUUGAAUUCAGUCAUGAUGGUUAUUUAAGGGCUAAAGACAGAACUAACCCCCUUACAGGAUACUCUUAUUUCUGUACGUUUAUGGGAUAGACUGUAGAUUGCGAAGGACAUUUGAUUCGGUGUUAUACUGUUGUUGUUGACUUGUUUCCACUGAGAUCUUUAUGACU